AUGUCCAACAACCUGGCUGCGGUCCUGCCAUCCGCCGGCAACGACCUGGUCAUUCAGCAGCGCUCUAUCCCCUCUCCCGGGCCAGACGAGGUCCUAAUCCGCAAUCACGCCAUUGCCGUCAAUCCCAUCGACUGGAAGCGGCAGGCCCUCGGCUUGUACGUCGCUUCGUACCCAACGGUCCUCGGCACGGACGUCUCGGGCGUUGUGGCAGCGGUAGGCUCUGCUGUCAGCUCGUUCAAAAGAGGCGACCGCGUGCUCGCCUGCGCCCCGGUCACUGCCACCGGGAACCCCGACCACGCGGCGUUUCAGACCUAUACCGUAGUGCAAGCCUCUACGGUAGCCAAGCUACCAAACGCCCUCGACUUCCAGCACGCCGCCACGCUGCCUACAUCCGUCGUCGCCGCGACCAUCACCCUCUUUGACGUCUUCGGCCUGCCCCUGCCAUCGCUCCCAACCAACACCUCCACUUCUACUACCACCACCACCACCACCACCACCAACCCGCCCGUCGGCAUCCUGGUAUGGAGCGGCGCCUCCUCAGCGGGCCAAACCACGAUCCAGCUCGCCCGGCUGGCAGGACUCAAGGUGUUCGCCAGCGCCAGCCCGCGGCACCACGCCCUGGUGCGCUCGCUUGGCGCGACAGAAGUGGCCGACUACCGCUCCCCGUCCGCUGUCAGCGACCUCGUGGCUGCCGCCGAGCGCGCCGGCGCCGAGAUCCGGUACGCGGUGGACCCGAUCUCCACCGACGAGACCGUCCCGCUCGUGCUCGAUGUCCUGGCCAGGUCGAAGGGGGUUGGGACCAAGAAGCUGGCGCAUCUGUGGACUUGGCCUGAGCAGGUCGCGCUGCGUGAGGGUAUCGAGGCUGUCUUUGUGAGGGGGAGAGCCAUCUGGACUGAGAGGCGGGAUUUGGCGGCCAAAGUGUUUGGCGAGUCGCUGAGCGCGUGGUUGGAGACUGGUGAGGUUGUGCCCCAGACGACUCGAGUUGUUGAGGGAGGGCUUGGCGGGCUGCAGACGGCGUUGGAUACUUUGAGGAAGGGGGUGAGCGGGGAGAAGUUGGUCGUUAAGCUGUAA